CUGUUCUACAUCGGAGAGCACUUUUAUGCAUUCACCGUCAUGUUUGCGAAGACAAACUUCCUGUUCUUCUACUUGCGCCUAUUCACCGAUGAAAAGUUUAGGCGUUUGACUUGGGGUGUCAUAUGGGCAUGCGUCAUAUCAGCCGUCUCGUUCCUAGUUGCGACUUCAGUUCAGUGCUGGCCCAUCAGCUACACCUGGACUAAGUGGGAUGGAGAACACCAGGGCCGUUGUCACGAUAUUAAUGUUCAGACUUGGGCCCAUGCAUCUAUCAAUAUCGCACUUGAUGUUAUUGUAGUAGCGAUGCCCAUUUCUCAAAUCGUCAGGCUCAAUUGGCGAUGGAGACAGAAAGUUGGGGCCGGUAUGAUGUUCGCUGUAGCAUUGUUGUGAGUUGUGCCCUGCGAAACCUGGAAAUGUGGGAUUGAUAAGUGCUAAUCUCCAUUGUAGGAUCACUUUUGUCUCCAUCUUGAGACUCAGCUCUAUCGGAGAUUUCAUGAAGACUUCGAAUCCGACAUGUGAGUUAGUUGAUUUAUUGCAAACGCGAGUAUUGACACUCACCAGGGGACAUUGUGCCAAUCUCUAAC